CCUCUCCCUCCUCUCCCUCCUCUCCCUCCUCUCCCUCCUCUCCCUCCCCUCUCUGACCCAGUGCUUGCUCGGCGGCUACGAGCUAUCCCCAGCCAAGCUUCAACCCACCGAUCAGUACGCCUCCCGACCCUUGUCCCCCCUCGGACCGAGACCCUCUCCGCUCGCACAGCCACAGUACAUGUCUCACGCCACAGCCGAUGCCGGCGACGCCGCCAACGCCGGUGCCAAUGCCGGUGCCGACGGUGACCACGACAGCGACGCCGCGAUUCCUCCACGCCGGCAGCCGCCGGAGCGCCCAUCCACGUCGGCGAUCGAAUGGGCAGAAAACAUCGUGCUACAGUACCGCUCCCUGCGGGCGCACCAAAUGCGCUUCAUCGCGCGCGCGGUGCGGUUCGAGCGGCGGCGGCCCCGCGCAUCCGUCAGGCUGAACCCCACCGGCAGCGACUACGACGAUGUCAGGUGGUUCCUCCCCGGUGAGGAGAGGGUCGUCUUUAGAGCUUUUCAUCAUGCACUCGAGAACACACUCCCCCCCAUGAGGGAGUGGGAUUCGGACGCUGCUGUGCCCAUGCCAAUGCCCGUGCUGCUGCAGCCCCACGUGGAGGUGGAGGUGCAGGUGGAGGUGCAGGAUCCGGUCGUACCGUCGAUGCUGCCGCCGCCGUCGCAGGUGGAGGAUGGCGAAGCUGCCCGACAGGUGCCAAAGGAGCCAGCCUCCACAAUCCCCAAGGGUCCAACCCCGAAGGUGUCAACCCCGAAGGUGUCAGCUCCAAAGGUGUCAACCCCGAAGGUGUCAACCCCGAAGGUGUCAACCCCGAAGGUGUCAGCUCCAAAGGUGUCAACCCCGAUGACGUCAACUCCCAAGCGCGCGAGGCAGCCAGGCGGUGCGCUGUCGCCGCCGGCGCCGCCCCAAAAGAUGAGGAAGCAGGUAAACCGGAUGGCGCUGCGUAAGGCUAAGAGUGUGCCCGUUGCAGAAGAAAAUAUCAUGGUGUUGAAUGAGAACAAGCGUCUAGACGCAGAGCGACCCAGACAACACGACGACCAAAAUGGAUGUGGAUGAUUAGCUAGCUAUCUAGUUUAGUUACCGUAUCACCAUGCGUGCAUGUCGACUCUUAACUCAUACCACGGAUCAUCGGUCAAGACUCGAGCCUGCUUUCCUUUCCCAUUUACAUUUGUCCUUUUAGAUUUGCUACUCUGUUUUUCACGGUUUUUCACGGUUGUUCCUGACGAUGUUUUUUUCCCCUUCUGAUUU